CUUUGCUGAUUUCUUCAUUAUGAAUCUCAUUCUGUGGGUAAAAGGAUCCUCAGCUGCCAUCCCUUUUGGCACUUUGGUUGCUAUCCUAGCUAUGUGGUUUGGAAUUUCAGUCCCACUAACCUUUGUUGGUGCCUAUUUUGGCUUCAAAGAGAAGCCUAUUGAACAUCCAGUUCGUACAAACCAGAUUCCUCGACAAAUUCCAGAACAAUCCUUUUUCACAAAGCCGUUGCCUGGUAUCAUAAUGGGUGGUAUCUUGCCCUUUGGCUGUAUUUUUAUUCAACUUUUCUUCAUUCUGAAUAGUAUUUGGUCUCAUCAGAUGUACUACAUGUUUGGUUUCCUAUUCCUAGUUUUUAUCAUUCUUCUCAUUACUUGUUCUGAGGCUACGGUUUUGCUGUGCUACUUCCAUCUGUGUGCAGAGGAUUAUCAUUGGUGGUGGCGAUCAUUCUUGACGAGCAGCUUUACAGCAGUUUAUCUCUUUAUCUAUGCAGUUCAUUACUUCUUCUCUAAACUCCAGAUAACAGGAACUGCUAGCACCAUUUUAUACUUCGGUUACACAAUGAUUAUGGUCUUGAUUUUUUUCCUUUUUACAGGGACUAUUGGAUUUUUUGCCUGCUUCUGGUUUGUAAGUAAGAUUUACAGUGUUGUGAAAGUGGACUGAAAAGCUUCAAAGCGUCUUUUGAACAUAUCUCCCUUGCUGUUUGAUAAUUUUCACCAUGUAUUGAAAAACAUCCUGUGUAAUUAUUCUAAUUUGUAAAAGCGGAAGAGCAACCUACAGCGUAAAAUACAGAUUUUUAUGGAAGGAAAUGGCACCACUGGAAAAAAAGUUACAUCAGUAUGCACAUGGAACAUGUUAAUUCUAAUCAUUCUAAAAGUUAUAUCCAAAAUUUGAUUUAGGAUAAAUAAAAAAUCUGUGAACUAGUUUAUUUGAAAAAUGAGUGCAUCAUACAGUCCUCCAGCUGAAAUUCCUUUUUUUUUUUUUUUUUUUGUUACCUCUUUUGGUUACCAUUUAUAUACCAUGAAAACACAGGACUGUCAAGUAAAUCUAUGUAAAAUGUGAAUUUUUUUAACUUAACUAUGAUUGUACAUAUUAUCCUGCACCUUCUUUACAACUAGAUAUCUUCUUACAAAUGUACAUGCAUUUAGUGUAAUGUAGACUUUAUUAAAAAUAUCGACACUGGUUUUUGUUCAAAUAAAACUGCACAACUC